CUCGGAGACAGCGUAGAGGUCUACCAGGACGAUUGCUGGUGGCAGGGCGCCGUGGUGUACGUCGCGAGGGCUGGAGUGCAAGUCAACUUAAUCCAACGACUCCACCCUCUUCAUCCGCGACCCACAUGAGCUGCGGCCGCGCAUGCAGUUCCAGACAGGCAGCUGGCGCCGGGUGGUGCCCAGCCGCCCCGCGUUGCGCAAGCUGGGGCUGCCGGCGAAGGAAGUGGAGGCGGCCGUGAAGGCCAUGCAGGCCGCACCCGAUGUCCCCAUGGGGCCGCCACGCCUGCAGCCGCCGCCCACCUACCCCACCACCACCACCACCGCAGCAGCAGGGACCUCAGCCACUGCCGUAGCAGCAGCAGCGGGUGCCGCUUUGCCGAUGCCCAGUCAAACAGGCCAUCCGGCCCCCAGCCACACGAGCCCCUGGGCUGCGAAACGCCGCUCCGCUGCUGCUGCGGCGGCGGAUGCAGAUGCGCAGGCCGCGAGUGGUGCAGUAGCGGAAGUGAAGAAGGGGCAUGCUGCGGGCAAGGUUGCCGGCGGGGCGAGGGCUGGGGCACAGGCGGCGGGGGUGGAGAAG